AGUGACCUAGCACGACAAAGCACUCUCCGAGGGCAUGGAAUGUCUAAUUUUUCGGUCAGAAUCUCGACAGUAAUGUCUCUGUUAGAUUUUCCGGUCGAAAUACGGAAAAACUCCAUUCAAUUCUCGAUGGAAACGGAGUUUUGCGAAUUCUCUCCGGAACUGGAAGAUCAUUUCGAGAUCCUCGAACAUAUUCGAGGGUUCAAUGUGACUAUUGUCACUUCGGCCAACACACAAGAUGAGACUUUACCACCGUGGAGCGGCUUUUUGCAAAAAGAUGAGGGGGAAACUCAGUAAGAUGUCGGAGAAGCGAAAUAUACGAGAUCACAAACGUAGAUUGCUCGCGGCUAAAUUUGAAUUGAGACGAAAGCUUUAUAAAGCCUUUUGUAAAGAUCCCGAUCUUCCUAGUGAUAUGCGGGACAAACAUCGUUAUAAGUUGUCCAAGUUGCCAAGAAAUAGUUCCUUUGCACGAGUAAGAAACCGAUGUAUUUCCACGGGUCGCCCUCGUUCCGUAUCUGGGUUCUUUCGAAUUUCUCGUAUCGUUUUUCGUGGAUUAGCAUCUCGAGGUUCUUUGAUGGGCAUAAAGAAAUCGUCUUGGUAG